UCACACGUUCUGUGCCAAGUACGGAAGGCCACUCCCCUCAGCCAAUCAGCGCGCACGUAGCUCUGGCUCCGGCCAGUGGUUAUCCGGCAUAGUGGGGGGUGGGAGCUCGUUCUGCAGAGUGAAGCCGGGCCGGGCUGGGUGUACAGCCCAGAGAUGAUAAGACAGUGCAGAGCCGGGCUGUUACUGGCUAGAUCUUUAUUUAAGAAUUCAUGGAGGUGGCAAGCAAGUUCUGCAAGUGAGAGAGCACUGAAUUAUAAACCUGGACAAGUUAUUCAUGGAUUCACAGUGAACGAGGUCACUCCUAUUCCUGAAUUCUUCUUAACCGCAGUAAAGCUCAAACAUGAAAGCACAGGAGCGAAAUAUUUACACCUCGCCAGGGAUGACUCCAACAACUUAUUCAGUGUGCAGUUCCGGACAACACCUAUGGACAGCACCGGUGUCCCGCACAUCUUGGAACACACUGUUUUGUGUGGCUCUCAGAAAUAUCCAUGCCGUGACCCAUUCUUCAAGAUGCUCAAUCGGUCCUUGUCCACGUUUAUGAAUGCCUUCACAGCAAGUGAUUACACCAUGUACCCGUUUUCUUCCCAAAACCCCAAGGACUUCCAGAAUCUUCUGUCUGUCUAUUUAGAUGCCGUGUUCUUCCCUUACCUUAGAGAACUGGACUUUUGGCAAGAAGGAUGGAGAUUAGAACAUGAAAACCCCACCAAUCCUAGUUCUCCCUUAGUUUUCAAAGGCAUUGUCUUUAAUGAGAUGAAGGGGGCAUUUACAGAUAAUGAAAGAGUGUAUGCACAGCACCUACAGAGCAAACUUCUUCCUGACCACACAUACUCGGUUGUGUCUGGAGGAGAACCGCUAGACAUUCCAGAUCUCACAUGGGAGCAGCUCAAACACUUCCACGCAACUCACUAUCACCCAAGCAAUGCCAGAUUCUUUACUUAUGGUGACUUCCCCUUGGAGCAGCAUUUAAAACAAAUCCAUGAAGAUGCCUUGGUCAAGUUUGGACGCAUAGACCCAGACACUGAAGUUCUUCCACAGAAGCACUGGGAUGCAUCGAGAGAAGAUCACAUCACCUGUGGUGUAGACACCUUCGCACCGGAUCCAAAUAAACAGACGAUGGUCAGCAUUAGCUUUCUGACAUCGGAAAUCACGGACCCGUUUGAAGUUUUUACUUUGAGCCUUCUGUCUUCUUUGCUGGUUGAUGGACCAAAUUCCCCUUUCUAUAAAGCUUUACUAGAAGCCAAGCUUGGGACAGAUUUCUCUCCAGACUCUGGAUUCACCAAUUGUACGAGAGAUACUUAUUUCAGCAUCGGAUUGCAAGGGAUAGCUGAGGAGGAUGUAAACACUGUGAAAGAAAUCAUCACUAAAACCAUUGUCGAGGUUGUGCAGAAGGGGUUUGAGCCUGCAAGAAUUGAAGCUCUUCUGCACAAACUGGAAAUCCAGAUGAAGCACCAGUCUACGAGCUUUGGGCUGUCUCUGGCCUCUUACAUAGCAUCCAGCUGGAAUCACGAUGUCGAUCCCGUUGAUUUGCUGAAACUAGGAGAAAAAAUACAUCGAUUUAGACAGUGUGUUCAGGAUAACCCUGCUUUCCUUCAGGAAAAAGUCAAACAGUAUUUUCAGAACAACCUGCACAGAAUGGUAUUGACCAUGAGUCCCGAUGAAGAAUACUGCAAGAAACAAGCAGAGCUUGAAUGUGAAAAACUAAAUCAAAAGGUCAAUGCUUUGUCUGAAGAAGACCGAAAACAGAUUUAUGAGAAAGGUCUAGAAUUACAGCGCCUUCAAAGCGAGCCUCAGGAUGUCUCAUGCCUCCCUGCCCUUAAAGUUUCAGACAUUGAGCCCACCAUCCCAUACACAGAGGUGGAACUGGCAUAUGCAGGUGAGGUUCCUGUCCAGUACUGUGCUCAGCCGACAAAUGGCAUGGUGUAUUUCCGAGCCGUCUCAAGCCUGAACACACUUCCUGAAGAGCUAAAGCCUUAUGUGCCCCUCUUCUGCUCUGUUGUCACCAAGAUGGGCUGUGGUGUGUACAAUUACAGAGAGCAGGCCCAGCAGAUGGAGUUGACUACUGGAGGUAUGGGCGUCUGUCCACACAUUGCACCAGACGACUCCAAUCUGGACACGUAUGAACAGGGUGUGCUGUUUUCAUCAUCUUGCUUGGACAGGAAUACUCCUGACAUGAUGCAUUUGUGGAGUGAGAUAUUUAACAGUCCUCAUUUUGAUGAUGAAGAGCGACUGCGGGUUUUGAUGAAAAUGAUUGCUCAGGAUAUGUCCAAUGGAAUACCAGAUUCUGGACACCUGUAUGCACAAAUCCGUGCGAGCAGAACACUCACACCAGCUGGAGAACUGCAAGAGCUCUUCAAAGGAAUGGAUCAGGUCAGAAUGAUGAAACGGAUAGCAGAGAUGCCUGAUUUGGGAUCAAUACUGCGAAAGCUGUCACGGAUUCGCAAAUACUUACUGUUGAGUGAUAGCAUAAGAUGUUCCCUGAAUGCCACCCCACAGCAGAUGACAGCAGCUUCGAAGGAGGUGGAGCAUUUUUUGGCAGGAAUUCACAGGAAUAAAAAAGAACGCAAAGCUAUCCGACCUCAUAUUGUUGAGAAAUCCUUAAACCCAUCAACGUGUGGAAAUGAAGUUUCAGCGAAAUGCUCCAGAAAGCUGGUCCGUGACCCUACUUUCAAGCCUUGCCAGAUGAAGACACACUUCUCUUUACCAUUUCCAGUAAACUAUAUUGGUGAAUGUGUACGAGCUGUACCAUACAGUCAUUCAGACUAUGCCAGCCUUCGCAUACUGGCGCGGGUCAUGACCGCUAAGUUUCUCCAUGGUGAGAUUCGGGAAAAAGGAGGAGCUUAUGGUGGAGGCGCCAAGCUCAAUUUUGAUGGCAUUUUUACCUUCUAUUCCUAUCGGGAUCCAAAUUCAUUGUCGACAAUGUCCAGGUUUGAUAAGGCAAUAGACUGGGCGAAGUCUGGAAAGUUCAGCCAGCAGGAUAUAGAUGAAGCCAAACUCUCUGUGUUUUCGGCAGUGGAUUCACCUAUUGCACCUUCAGACAAAGGCAUGACUCUGUUUCUCAGUGGUAUAAGUGAUGAGAUGAAGCAGAAGCACAGAGAACAGCUGUUUGCUGUCAGCCACACAGACCUGGUUAAUGUUGCCAGCAGGUAUCUAGCAGUGGGACAGUCCACCCGUGGAAGUGCUGUUCUUGGGCCCAAAAACCCGGGCAUUGCGAAAGAUCCAUCUUGGAUUAUUAGAUGAGGUUAUUCUUCAAUAAGAAGAUCAGAGCGAUAAAAUGUCUAAAGCUUACUAGUCCUUUUUAAGGAUAUUUAUUUAUAAGUGCUUAUAUUGAGUCCUUUAGAUAUUGUAUUUUUUAAAGUCUAACAUUUUAAAGCAAAACUCCACUUUUGUUAAGAAAAAUAAAAG